CAAACUCAAAUGGAAAUAGAGGACCGCAAGCACCCUGACAACAUAGAUGAGGUUGCGAAAGUAAAGGAGCUAGACCCGUUUAGAGAGAAUUAUAAGUACACUCCACUUUCUUUGGUCAAUCCAGACCACUUUAAUACUGCAAAUGAGGACUACAUAAUGAAGGAGCAUAUUGGAAAUGCUGAUGAUAAAUGGCACGAGUUCAACCAGGCGGCUAAUGAUGUUCCUAUUGAUGAAAAUAGUCUUAUCGGCUAUGGAAUACACAAAAGAAGGCCAAAGCUUCUUAUCUGUAUUACCAUGUACAAUGAGCCACCAAAGCAAAUGGUAGAAUCCCUCGCUGGAAUCUACCGUGCAUACUAUGAAUUGAUUGAACUUGAUCCGACUUUCCUGAACAGGGUACAAGUUGUAAUUGUGUCUGAUGGUUAUGGACCAUUGAUGGAAAACCCAGAACACUUGGAGUGCUACGAAAGAGCUAAUAUCCACGAUAUAAAGAAGCUAAAUGCUAAAAAUUAUACAAAGAUUGACCACAACACCAAUAAUCCAAAGACAAAAUUCCAAAAUCUUCUCUUUAUCGAUACUGAGAACAUGGUUAGUAGAAAAGUCCCAGAGGAAGAUCAAGAAGAUGAUGAAGAAGAAGAUUCUGAAUAUGACAGUGAUCUGGAUGAAGAUCGCCAAGCUAAAAAGUACAGAGAUAUCCGAGCCUAUGGUGCUAACAAUAUUGGCCAUUGUUUCUCAAGAGUCAUGAGCUUCAUGGAAUGGGAAGAGGCAUUGCCGCAAAGCCAAAGAGACUUUUUGAUGAUAGAUCAAUACGAAGUUUAUGACUUCUUGGUUGGGAAUGAUGAGCAAGGUAAAGUAAAAGAGCAGAAGUAUGAUCAUUUCAGUCUCCCUAUUCAUUUUAUUAUUAAGCAUAACAAUCAAGGUAAAAUUGAGAGUCACAAGUGGUUCUUCAAAGGUUUCUGUAGAAUGAUGGAUCCUGUAUAUGCACAGAUUAUCGAUUGUGGAUCUAUCCCUCUCUGGAACUCUAUCUCGAAGAUCAUCAUGCACAUGGAAACCUUCCCUGAUGUAGGAGGAGCAUGUGGUGAAAUUGAAUGUAUUCUAGCAGAAAAGAAAGAAGAUGGAAUCGAGCCUGUCACUUUUGUAGAAAGUGUCCUCUUACGUGCCCAAUAUGUAGAGUAUAAGGUCUCUCAUUAUAUGGACAAGGCUACAGAGUCAUUGUUUGGAUUUGUCUCUGUACUUCCAGGAGCAUUUUCUACUUUCCGCUGGGAGUGCAUCAAUGGAAAACCUCUUUCAGAAUUUCUGAAAGGAUGCAAAGAUGAAUUUGGUGAUGUGACAAAUAUCAUGUCUUGUGAUACUGCAAAUAAAUACCUAGCUGAGGAUCGUAUCAUGUGUUUAGAGAUUAUUGCUAAAGCCAAUGCAUCAUUUAUUAUCCAUUAUAUUCCUGGUGCUAAAUGCUUGACAGAUCCUCCUCUCUCUCUGACUCAAUUGGUGAAACAAAGAAGAAGAUGGUUUAAUGGUUCAAUGUUCGCUACCUUCCAUGUUAUGAAGUCAAUGUACAGAAUAUGGGCGAGGAACUGGACUUCUUUCGUCAGAAAUGUUUUCUACAUGAUCCUGUAUGCAUACAUGCUCUUACUUCUUGCUUUGUCAUUUAUUAUUGUUGGGUUAUUUUAUUCUGCUUUCAGUGUAUUUGUUAGAGCUGUUUUGCCAGCAGACGACUGCCUCAAUGUAACCUCUCUCUCAAAUAUUCUUGAGAAUAUCUAUUUAAUUUUCUUGUUCUUUUGUCUAAUGCUCUCAACUACAGUGCAAGUGAACUAUGCAGAAACUGGCUUCAGAUUGUGUUCAUUGGUCAUGGGAGCUUUUACGAUAUUAAUGGUUGUAUGUUCAGUUUUCUUUGCUCUUGAUAGCGAACAAAACCAAAUUGCUGUAGCAUUAUUAGGAAUCUUUUUCGCUUCCUUCCUUAUCCCACUUAUUCUGAAUCUGAAUCAUCUUAAAGUUGCUGAUUUCUUGAAGGGAGCAGUAUAUGCUGUCUAUUUAAGUCCAACCUAUUCAAAUAUUUUCACAAUUUUUGCUAUUGCAAAUAUUCAUGAUGUGUCUUGGGGAUCAAGACCAGGAGGGACAAACACAGACAAAAAUAAACAAGCAAGAUUAAGACAAGCAGCUGCUAAAAAGGAUGAGAUGUACAAAAACUAUAGAGCAAAUUUCUUAGUUGUGUGGCUUCUAGUCAAUGCAGCUGUCGGGGCAACUGUUACAAACCUAUCAAGAAAUGAUAAUGAUAGUUUCCUCCUUGGACUUGGAUUCUUUUUGUCUUCAAUUGUUGUUAUCAAGCUUAUUCUAUCCACUAUUCACAAAGUUGUAUCGUGGGUUCACCAUCUCAGAGUGUUAUGCCACAUCAGAUAUUUGCCUGUGAGAUUAGAAAAAUCCUUACAUCAUGCAGCCAGAACCAAGAAAAAUUCUGAAGAUUCCACAUUUGAUCCAUUUAAGAAGAAAAACGUUCAUGAUGCAGUUUUAGAAGAGAACCAGCAGAGACAAACUACUAAUCUGUUGAAAACACUACUGAUCGGUGUCAGGAAUACCACUUCACCAGCUAACCAACAAAACGAAAUUUCUAGAUUACAGAGACAAUUGAUUAAGUCUAGGGGUCAAGAUUUUGCUCCUCUCCUAAAGAGAGCUACUAAGACAUUAAAGUUAGACACCGGUAGAAAGAAUUACAAUGCUGUGCCAUCAGAAGAAGAGAAACAUAGCCCAAAGAGUGCCAAGAAUCCGAAGCUAAAGAGAGAUAAGAGUGCUGACUCUAAGGGAGCAAAGGAAAGAAGAAACAGCAGCCCUGGAUUUGAAGAUGAAGAUGAAGAAUCAAGUAUAGAAGAGUCUGUGGACACUUCCAGAGGAAAUGCCGUCGUUCUUCCAGCUAAUGAAGAAGGAGAUGAUUCUGAUACUGGAAUUAACAGGAAUCCUACUAAGAUAGACAGAAAGCCUAUUGAAGACUCAGAUGAAAGCAGCGAAGGAGAAGACGAAUCAGACGGAGGUUAUUAAUUUUAAGUUGAUCAAUCUGAAGCCA